GUCGUGUGUCCUUUCGCUGUGGGCAAGAGUUUAUUAAGGCUGACGACCCUGAAGAUAGUCAUAGUCACCAUCCUCUUUCUCUACAGGAUGGUCGAUCCUCUUUCUCUACUUAGGGUUAGGCAUCUUUAUUACAUAAUUAGAAACGCAAUGACUUGAGGUGUGUGUUUUUAUGAUUCAACCUUAUGGUCUUAGGACUAGUGUUGGUACCGUAAGGAAAGCAUCUGAAUGGCAACAACGUAAGACGCUGCUAACUUAGAUGCAAAGCUAUAAUCUUUAACAUGGGCGCACUCGGUCAGUCAUUCGUAUAUCAACUCUUCUCCCAUUAGAUAGUACUUCGGAGAAAAAGCAAAAGAGCAGCUCGCUCUAAGGUGAAUCCUGACAUAGACAUAUAAAUAUAUAAAAAAUAGCAUUCAAUAGUAUUAGUACAACCCGGGAGUUGUCGGAGUUGGUCGUGAGCUGCUGCGAUGGACUACUUGGGUGAGCUCUAAGCCUAGUCUUUUUGAAACAAAAUCUCUACGAGCAGAUCCGACAGUUGGCCUUUCAAGUGCAAGAUCGAGGCCAGAAAACCAUCGUUGCUUAUAGGAGGAUGCGGGCGCAGCGCGAUAAGUAUCUGCAAAAUCGAAAGC